GUCGCCAUGGCAGCUGAGAAAGCUGAAAUGGACAAACUGAAAAAGGAGUGCGAUGGCCUCCGUGCACAGAUUGAGGCGGCCCGCAAGGCUGUGAAUGAUGGCAGCAUGACAGCAGCAGGAGGUAGUGCGACUCCAGUAAGCCGAGUCCAGCUGAAGCUCAGGAAGACCCUCAAGGGUCACCUGGCUAAAAUCUAUUCCCUGCACUGGGCAGCUGACUCCAGGCAAAUGGUCAGUGCAUCACAGGAUGGCAAGCUUCUCAUCUGGGACACCUUCACAGGGAACAAGUUGGUUGCUGUCCCACUAAAGUCAGCUUGGGUGAUGAGUGUUGCCUUCGCCCCCUCUGGUAACCUGGUGGCCAGCGGUGGUCUGGAUAACAUGUGCACAGUGUACAACGUCAAGGCUGCCAGCCCCAAGACCCUCAGGGAGCUGGACGCACACACAGGUUACCUGUCUUGCUCCCGUUUCCUUAGUGACACUGAGAUCUUGACAGCAUCCGGUGACACCACCUGCUGUCUGUGGGACCUGGAGACUGGUAAGCAGAAAAUCAUCUUCACCAGCCACAUUGGAGACUGCAUGUCUCUGGCUCUCUCCGCCGACAUGAAAACCUUCAUCUCUGGAGCCUGUGACUCUCUGGCCAAGCUGUGGGACCUGAGGGAAGGGACCUGCAAGCAGACCUUCUCAGGACACACCAGUGACAUCAACGCCAUCUCUUAUUUCCCUGGAGGAAAUGCCAUCAUCACAGGCUCCGACGACUGCUGCCUCAAGAUGUACGACCUGCGCUCCGACCAGGAGGUGAUUACCUACCAGGACACCAACCUGAAUGCUGGCGUCACGUCUGUGGCUCUCUCCAACUCAGGCCGCCUCAUCUUUGCCGGCUAUGAUGACUUCAACUGCCACAUUUGGGACUCACUGAAGGGAGAGAAAGUUGGUGUACUGUCCGGCCAUGACAACAGGGUGAGCUGUACCGGCGUCCCAGAAGACGGUAUGGGCGUCUGCACAGGAUCCUGGGACAGCUUCCUCAAAUUGUGGAACUGAGGUGUCCCGGCAGAGGAAAACACUGGAAGAGGGAAAGGAAGAAGGGGAGAGGAGGAGGUGGAAAGGGGGAGGAAAAGAGUGAAGAUAUGGAGGAGAAGAGGAGGGGGUGGGGACUAGAGACAAGUGAGGUUGGAAGAUAUUUGGUGCAGAUGUUUGGGCACAGAUCUUCCUCUCUUUCACUCUCUCUUUCUACUUCUUCCCCAUUCAUGAAUGCAAAAUAUGAGAAGUUGCGAGUGAGUCACGUUGCAUAAAUGGCAUCAGGUAAACAGUGCACGAUGCAUCACGCUGUAUGUACAAGGGAGGUUUAUUGUUGUUGAGAUGAACACUAAAAAACAUUAAAAAAUAGCACAUUAUUCAAAAUGAUAACGAGCAGAGAAGAAGCUCUAACUGAGAAUGUCAAUUAAACGCAUAGAUUUUUGACCAUAAAAAAAGAAAGAACACUUAAAUAUUGAAAAGAAUGCUGUAGGAUUACAGAUUUAUUUUUAUUGUCUUGGACCUGUAAAAGAGCCCGGCACUUAUUUAGAUGAAAGUCUGAUAUCAAUAUAUUUGUAUUUUAUAGUUUUAGGAUGGAGAGUUGAUGUACAGUGUGUUUUUUUUUUCUUUUUUGGGGGGGGGCUGCAUAAAUCCUGAGUUUAUGUGUAUGGUAGAGCUGCCAUAUUUGGUCGCCUGCUAACAAUCAGCAGACUUUGAGCCAAGACGGCCGCUGCUGUUUCCCCGUCUCACUGUGUUAAUCUGAUGAUGUACACAGACGAAUAAAGGUUUGAGGUUGGCGGUCAGAACUAUGAAACACUCUGUAAAGACCUGUAAACUUUAUUUUACUCCACUGGGUUCAGCUGCAUUUUGUAGUAUAUUUACAUUUGUGCAGUUCCUCUGUAAAAAGACAAAUGUUUGUUGAAAAUCUUUCUAAUAAACAUAGAAUUCUGCAUUA